AUGCUGUACCAUACAGUUUUGCCUACAAACGCUUGUAGCUUCAUUGUAGCUGUGAAUGCUCUGUUCCUCUCCUUUUCACCCUUGAAGAUUCGCGAACACACAGGAUUGAGCUGCAGGAGGCAUAACAGUCCCCACAUGGUAUGUAGGAGAGGAUGUAGUUCUGAUGGUUCUACUCACUGGGGUGAUGAGCAGCUGUUAAAGAAUCUCGGAGAUUGUGGCCAAACAGCCCAUCCUUCCAUGGGCAGCCUUUUCACCAUGACAAUAUCAAGAUUUUGGGUUUCAUCAAAGGAUUUUAUGGGUAGUUCCAAGGCAAAAUUCCUCCUAAGGGAAGUAGACAUGAAAGAUAUCUAA